AUGGUUGGUUCGAAUCCUGCAUCCUCACCUUUCGAACCAAAUCUGAAACUAGAGAAGCGUGAAGAGGAGGACAUGGUCAAUGUCAAUUUAUUCAAACAAAUUGUAGGAUCUCUGAGUUAUGUGUGCAAUAGCAUGCCUGAUAUAGAUUUCUCAGUCAGCUUGGUAAGCAAAUACAUGGAUGAACACAAGGUAUCAUACAUGAAAGCUGCAAGAAGAAUCCUGAGAUACCAAAAAAGAUCAAUAAAUUAUGCAAUCAUGUUUCCACGAGAUUCUGAAAGCAAAGAAGCUAUGAGUAAUUGUUAUUCAGAUGUUGAUUGGUGUGGAGAUAAGGAAGAUCGAAGAAGCACAACUGGCUAUUUCUUUCAAGUAUUUGGUGUUUCAAUCUCAUGA